AUGGCGCUCCUCGGUCGCCGCUCGCGUGCGCUCGUUGCCCACGCGCGCCACUUGGUCUCGGCGCCGUCGCUUAUGGAGCACGUGCAGCUAAUGAAUGGACACUCUGUCUCCUUUCACCGGUCGACGCCUCGCGACGUACCUGCCUCGACGCCGACGCUCGUGUUCUUCCAUGGCCUUGGCGCCUCGCAUCAGACGUUCAAGUAUAUUGGCGCGAUGCUCGGACAGCGGUACCCGAUCAUCGCCUUUGAUAUGCCAGGCACGGGGCAGUCAUCGGCGGCGGCCGCCGGACCCGACUACAAUGCACACGCAGUUGAUGCAGCGCUGGACGAAGCCAUUGAAGCGCUCUGUGGGCCAACAACACCGCGGGUUUACGUCGGCCACUCGCUCGGCGGGCACGCGGCGCUUCGCAUCACGGCAAGCCACUUGAGAAAGUACGAGCCGGGCGUUGUGCGCGGUCUCGGGCUCCUUGCGACGGCGGCGCUCGAGCCGUACCACGUGAUGCAGCCGUUUGUGUCUUUGCCGCCGUGUGUUUCCAGCUGGGUGCCCACGGCCGUGGUAGCCAAGGUCUUUCACGCGAUUGGGUUUUCCCACCAGCAUCAAGACAGCGACUACAAGCACGGGCUCAUGCGGCUCGUGACGACCGACUGGCGGGUUCUGCGGGACGCGGCGUCGACCAUUGCCGCGUAUGAGCUGCCGUGCCUCGGCAUUGCCGCCAGCGACGACCAAUUUUUGCUGUUUCCACGCUGGCGCGCGCUCUGUGCGGCCGUCGGGUCGCCCGACAACGUCCGGGUGCUCUCGUAUCCGUCCGGCAAACACAACAUCCCAAAGAGCCGCGCCGCCGACGUCGCACACGAUCUGCAGCAGUGGCUAGCGACGUGCGGCGUUGACGAUGCAUCUCCUCAAACUGUCUGA